CACAAACAUAUCAGAGAUUCAAAGUUCCCCUGAUCGUAUUCAAUCUCUAUAACACAUUCUUCACAAAAAUCUUAAGAUCAUGAUGUUCUCCGAGAGUCAGAUGGAUGGUGGAUUUACUUCUACUCAGUUCACCAAUUCUCCGGCCGCCGCCAAUCGAGACACAGCUGGGGUUGUGCCGCUUACGAUAAAGCAGAUCAGCGAAGCUUCUCACUCCGGUGACGAUAAGUCCAAUUUCGUUGUCUCCGGCGCAGAUGUUGUUAAUGUUACGGUGGUGGGGAUGGUGUCCGACAUAGUGGAAAGAAACACCGAUGUUAACUUCACUGUAGAUGACGGAACUGGAAAAUUGAAUUGCAAAAGAUGGCUCAAUGAACCUUUCGAUAAAUUGCAAAUGGAGGAUGUUAGAGAAGGAGUAUAUGUUCGUGUUGAUGGACACUUGAGAAGUUUUAGAGGUGAAAGGCAUGUUUCUGUCUUCUCUGUUAGGCCUGUGACAAACUUUGAUGAGAUCACCUUCCACUUCAUUGCAUGCAUACACUACCAUAUGCGUGCCACCAAAGGCCAGAAAACACAAGGAGAUGGAACAACUCUUUCUCAGAACAUGAGUAUAACUCCAAACACACCUACUCAGAAUGGGACAAAUGGUUUUAAGACAACUUCCUUAAGUCAGCUCUCUGUGCCUUUCAGUGUUGAUGGAGAUGGACUAAAAGGCUUUGAUCAAGUGGUUCUUGCUUAUCUCCAGCUUCCUGCAAACUAUGGAAAUGAAAAGGGCAUCCAUACAAAUGAACUUGCACAGAAGCUGAAACUUUCUCAUGACAAAAUCAUGGAAUCAAUAAGAACACUCGAAGAUGAAGGCAUGAUAUACUCAACAAUCGAUGAAUUCCACUACAAAGCAACAAGUAGUAGUUAAUUGCCUUAAUCUAUUAAUAUCAUUUUGUGAAGAUGAUUUAAGCUCUAUAUAUUAAGGGUUUUGUUUGGUAUGUAGGAUUGUAAUUCCAUGGAGAUUUAACAUGUUUUGUUCUAAAACAAUUUACCAAACUCUGUUUUUUUAAGCAAUUAACCAAAAUAUAAUAGUUUAUUUAUUUA